UGUCAACAAUCGCAAUUUAAUCAACCAUUUCCUAAAUUGUGUUUUUUUUAGCAUGCAUUAUAUAGAAACAUUGUAAAAAUGUCCAUGUUUAUUUGACUUUUAUGGGCAGACUGUUGCUAUUAUUACUGUACACAAGCUUGUAUUGCAGGUUACAUUACUGACAAAAUAACAUUGCAACACAUUUCAAACCCAAACAUUAUAAAACUUAACCCCACUGACUCAGUAACCUCUGAGUUAUUGAACACAGCUUGACAUUUCCCAUCCCACAUGAUGACUCAAGUGUUUGCUCUGUUGUUGCAGUUGUCAGAGUUCCCAUAUGAUGUUUUUUGAUAUUUUUCUGGCUUAUUCUGCAUGUUCUAUUGGUCAUUCUUCACUAUCAGCUGUUAGUGACACGGGGGGAGCAAACACUUUAAAUUUGAGGGGUUAAAUGUGAAACCUCCCCGUCUGCAGACGAGCCAAACCACAGCCAUAAUGUUGCAGCUCGCUUUUCUUGUGUUGGUGGGAACCAGUGGUAAGUUAAGAGCGGGAAUAAAGCUUUUGCACUUUUGUCAGAAAGGUGUUUCUCAGGAAUUUAGAACAAAAACAUUCUUUUGUAUGCUCAGUUUUAGGAAAUUUUGAUGGAUGUACAGUAAAUUUCAGCAUCAUGACCUUAAGCAGACCAUGGGGAUUUGUAUGUGUGAUUCAAAUAACAGACAAACAUCAAUUUGCAGUGAAAUAUUUCAGUGUUCUGCUUAUUUUAUGCACUUAUUCUGUGUCUGCGCUCUCUCCUCUCUUGCCGCCACCUACACAGCUGCCCUCGGCUAUGAUGAUAAGAUUGUUGGAGGUUACGAGUGCAGGGAUCACUCCGUCCCAUGGCAGGUGUCACUCAACAACGGCUGGCAUUACUGCGGAGGAACCCUGAUCAAUGACCGCUGGGUCGUCACCGCUGCUCACUGCAAUAAGGGUGAGAACAUUGAGCUGCGUCUCGGUGAGCAUCACAUCGGCUACAAGGACGGCCCCGAGCAGUUCAUCGCCCCUGCUGUCAUCAUCCCCCACCCCGAGUACGACCGUUACACCAUCAACAACGACAUCAUGCUGAUCAAACUUGCCGAGGCGGCAGAGAUCAAUCAGUAUGUGAAGCCCAUCGCCCUGCCCAGCAGCUGCGCCCCCGCAGGCACCCAGUGUCUGGUGUCAGGGUGGGGAGCCACCCAGAGCCCCUUCGGCUGUCUGAAAUGCCUGCACUGCCUGGAUCUGCCCAUCCUGCCCCAGGAGGACUGUGAACGCUCCUACCCCAACAGGAUCACCUCCUCCAUGUUCUGCGCCGGCUUCCUGGAGGGAGGAAAGGACUCCUGCCAGGGAGAUUCUGGCGGCCCUCUGGUGUGUAACGGGGAGCUCCAGGGUGUGGUGUCCUGGGGAUGGGGCUGCGCUGAAGAGAAUCGUCCUGGAGUUUACGCCAAGGUCUGCCAGUUCACUGACUGGAUCCACUCCACUAUGGCCUCUCACUGAAGUCCGUCUGUAGACCAGAGAUCAAACCUGUCUGCAGCUGCUGUUAAUUUCCUGUCAACACACUGACUCCACAUUAAAUGACCAUAUUUAUACAGCUUCACUCACCAGUUCAUGACACUUUGACUGUUUGUGGAUUGUGUUUAAACAAUGACAG